CCCAUUUCCAUCAAGCGAAGGGUAAAUUGUUGGAAUAAGCUCGGGUGUGCACAAGAGGAACGGUAGUAUUUUGCAGUUUCAACCCAAAAACUUCGAGAUACCAAAAGAAAAGAUCAAAUGGCUAAACGCAUAUAGAGAAUAUCGGUGAUCUCAUCCUUCAUGAGAAGAAACCUGCUUCCUGUGUUCAGUCCGUAACGCAUCAUCGUUCUCAUGCCAAUAUACACCUCUAGACGUAAAUCAUGAGGAUAUAGUGUCUGGCUUUUACGAUAUUGGAGCCGUAUAAUCGAGGACCCAACCAAAACCGCCUAACCGCCUAAACGGAUGCAACCUAGUGGAAAGGAACGAUAUGGGAAGGCAAGUAUUCGAGUGACUCAUUGUGAGCGAGUGAUUUCGGAGAAAUUAGGGAUCCCCUAUACCGAAACUCAAUUUAACACGACAGCCACAGGAAUUCUAAACUAAAGUCUUCAUUCACCAUGCCACUAAUAAUCAUAACCGGCUACCCCUCCUCCGGCAAAACUACCCGCGCAACACACCUCCACACCUACCUGCAAGCCAAACUCGACUCACCCGACACCCCGCCCCAGCAAAGGAGCCAAAAACUGCACCUGAUAUCCCCGCACACGCUGCAGAUCUCGCGAACGAGCUAUAGUACCGCCGCCAGCGAAAAGACCGCCCGCGCGACUGAGUACUCCGCCAUCAAGCGUGCCCUUUCGAAGGACGAUGUCGUGAUCGCCGAUGGGCUGAACUACAUCAAGGGCUACAGGUACCAACUGUUCUGCGAGGCGAAAGCGCUGCUGACGCCGAGCUGUGUCGUGCAUGUGGCGGCGCCGGCGGAGAAGUGUCGGGAGUGGAACGCGGCGAGGGCUGAGGCGGCGGAGCGGUGGGAUGGGGACACGCUGGAGAAUCUGGUGUUUAGGUAUGAGGAGCCGAACGGUAUGGUGAGGUGGGAUUCUCCACUUUUUACUGUGCCCUGGGUGGACUCUGAGGGGGAGUGCGAGGCUGUUUGGGAGGGGGUUUGGGAGGCCGUUUGUGCUGGGGGGGUCAAAGUUAGGGCUAAUCAGGCCACGGUUUUGAAACCGGCGGCGGAGAGUGAUUAUCUCUACGAGUUGGAUAAGACGACGCAGGAUGUUGUUUCGCUGGUUCUGGAACACCAGAAGAAUUCUGGAGGAGGCGGGGAAUUGCCUGUUCCGGAGUGUGGGAAGGUUCUGGAAUUGCCUGGACAGGAUCUCACGGUUGCUCAAUUGCAGAGGAUUCGAAGGCAAUUCAUUGCGCUGAAUAGACAGCACCCUGUCGGGAAGCAGAGGAUAAGGGAGCUUUUCGUUGAGUAUUUUAAUGGGAACUUUAGGGAUUAGUUGGGCAAGUAAUAAGGGGGUUUUUACGGUUUGGAGGUUUCUUUUCUUCUUUUUUUUUGCAUUGUACUUUUGUAAUGGUCGGGUGGGGGUUUACUCUGUAUCGAUACAUAGUACCGUAUUGAAACGUUUCGUUUGACACCAGUUUUUGCACCCGAUUUGGUGAGGUAUGGACAUUUUCGGAGUGACAGCGCUUAACACUAUCAUACUCCACUGAAAAAAAUCAGAACUUUGAGUCAAAAUCAGCCAGAAAACCAUUUCUUUCUCAGCGCUUUAAGAGUCUAGAUAAGAAGAAUUGGGCAGGCUGUUUGCUAUUGUAUCAAUUAGUGUUGGAAGUAACUUAUAAUUUGGCAUGGGGCUCCAUAGAAAAAGGUACAGUACUGUACAUGACAACCCAUAACUCCC